CGUCACCCGCCCGCCGCGAGCCCCUCCCGCUCCGCCAAGAUGGCGGCCUACCUGCAGUGGCGGCGCUUCGCUUUCUUCGACCGGGAGCCGCUGACGGACUCCGACGGGACCCCGGUGCUGCUCCCCCCGGGCAUCGUGGUCUGCGACUCGGGCAGGGGCAGCCUGGUCUUCGGGGAUUGGGAAGGGCACAUCUGGUUCCUGCCGCGCUCGCUGGAGCUGAGCAGCUUCCAGGCCUACAAGCUGCGGGUGACGCACCUCUUCCAGCUGAAGCAGCACAGCAUCCUGGUGUCGGUGGGCGAGGAGGAGGCCGGGCUCAACCCCCUGGUCAAAGUCUGGAAUUUAGAGAAACGUGAUGGUGGGACACCUCAGUGCACCAGGAUUUUCCCUGCAAUACCAGGCAAUAAACUCACGCUGGUAUCUUGUCUCACCGUCCAUGAAAAUCUCAACUUCAUGGCUAUUGGCUUCGUGGAUGGGAGUGUGGUGCUCAUCAAGGGGGACAUUACAAGGGAUCGGCAUAGCAAAACUCAAGUCCUCCACGAAGGAGGCCAUCCAGUUACUGGGCUUGUGUUUCGCCAAUCAAGCAAAACCACUCAUCUGUUUGUGGCUACCACUGAGAAAAUCCAGUGUUACACACUCUCGGUGAAGGAUUGUCCACUGCUAGAACUGGACAUGCGUGGCUGUGGACUGCGCUGCUCCACGCUCAGUGAUCCCUCCCAGGACCUCCAGUUUAUAGUGGCAGGAGAUGAAUGUGUCUAUCUGUACCAGCCAGAUGAGCGUGGACCUUGCUUUGCCUUUGAGGGUCAAAAACUGAUUGUCCACUGGUAUCGAGGCUAUCUGGUCAUUGUGUCCAAGGAUUGGAAAGUAUCUCCCAAAUCUGAGUUUACUGGAGGAGAUGCACAAAACUCUGACAAGCAGAUCCUGAAUAUUUAUGACCUGGGCAACAAGUUCAUUGCCUACAGCUCUGUGUUUGAUGAUGUGGUGGAUGUCCUGGCCGAGUGGGGAUGCCUCUACGUGUUGACGAGGGACGGGAAACUCCAUGUGCUUCAGGAGAAGGAUACGCAGACCAAACUGGAGAUGCUCUUCAAGAAGAACCUUUUUGAAAUGGCCAUCAACCUGGCUAAAAGUCACCACCUGGACAGCGAUGGGUUGUCUGAGAUCUUUCGCCAAUACGGAGAUCACCUGUACAAUAAGGGCAACCAUGAUGGUGCUAUUCAGCAGUACCUCCGCACGAUUGGGAAGCUGGAGCCAUCUUACGUCAUCCGCAAGUUCCUGGACGCUCAGCGGAUACACAACCUGACCGCCUACUUGCAGAUGCUCCACUUGCAGUCACUGGCCAACGCGGACCACACCACCCUGCUGCUGAACUGCUAUACCAAGCUGAAGGACAUCUCCAAGCUGGAGGAGUUCAUCAAGACCAGCGAGAGCGAGGUGCACUUUGACGUGGAGACAGCUAUCAAGGUGCUUCGCCAGGCAGGCUGUUACUCACAUGCUGUGUACCUGGCUGAGAAGCACAAGCACCACGAGUGGUACCUGAAGAUCCAGCUGGAAGAUAUCAAGAACUUCCAGGAGGCCCUGCGUUAUAUCGGCAAGCUGCCCUUCGAGCAGGCUGAGAGUAACAUGAAGCGCUACGGCAAGAUCCUCAUGCAUCACACCCCCAACGAAGCCACUGAGCUGCUGAAGAUCCUCUGCACAGACUAUCGGCCGACGAAAGAGCCAGAGGGGUCCGGCCUGCUGCCAGAGCGGAGGGCAAAUCCCGAUGAAUUCAUCCCCAUCUUUGCUAACAACCCCAGGGAGCUGAAGACUUUCUUAGAACACAUGUCCGAGGUUCAGCCGGACUCUAAGCAGGGGGUAUACGACACCCUGCUGGAGCUCCGUCUCCAGAACUGGGCCCACGAACAAGAUCCGCAGAUCAAGGAGAAGCUGCACAAUGAGACCAUCCUCCUGCUGAAGAGCGGGAAGUUCCAGGACGUCUUCGAUAAGGCCUUGGUCUUGUGCCAGAUGCAUAACUUCAAGGAUGGCAUCCUCUACCUCUACGAGCAGCACAAACUGUUCCAGCAGAUCAUGCACUACCACAUGCAGAACGGGCAGUACCGGAAGGUGGUGGAGGUGUGUGAGCUGUAUGGGGAACAAGAGGCCUGUCUUUGGGAACAAGCGCUCGGCUACUUCGCCCACAAGGAGGAGGACUGCAAGGAGUACAUGGCGGCUGUGCUUGCACGCAUCGAAGCCAAAAAUCUCAUGCCGCCUUUGCUGGUUGUUCAGACUUUGGCUCACAAUUCCACGGCCACCCUGUCCGUCAUUAAGGAUUACCUCAUCAGCAAACUGCAGAGACAAAGUUGCCAGAUAGAGCAGGAUGAACAAAAGAUCCAGAAAUACCGGGAGGAGACCAAGCGGAUCCGCCAGGAUAUUGAGGAACUGAAAACAAGCCCCAAAAUAUUCCAGAAGACAAAGUGCAGCAUCUGCACCAGUGCUUUGGAGCUGCCUUCGGUGCACUUCCUGUGCGGCCAUUCCUUCCAUCAGCACUGCUUCGAGAGCUACUCGGAGAGUGGGUCGGAGUGCCCCACGUGCCUCCCUGAGAACCGGAAGGUCAUGGACAUGAUCCGUGCCCAAGAGCAGAAACGGGACCUGCACGACCAGUUCCAGCACCAGCUGAAAUAUUCCAACGACAGCUUCUCUGUGGUUGCCGAUUAUUUUGGCCGUGGUGUUUUCAACAAACUCACCCUCAUCACAGACCUCCCUCCGAGCAAAUCGGCCGCAGCGCUCGAUGCAAGCUUGCAGCGGGACCUGCUUGUCAAGACAAAGAGGAGCACCUAGAAAUCCUUUCGUCCAGAUGUGUUCACUUUGUGGCGCUGGGAACUGGCAAAGACCGCGUCCCAUUCAGCACAAACGCCAUGCCAGACAGAGGCGGGCAGGGGAGAAAGGGGACUUGGCUGGAGGGACAUUAAGCCUGCUUGUGUACCUCAGCUCCUCCUCCUCCCCUGGACAGGCACCAGGCAGGGCUGGGCAGGGAGGGGUGGGUGGCUCUCUGGCAAAAACAGCCCGGCUCGGGCUUUGGCUCUGGCUGGGCCCUGCCUGGCUCUCAAGCGGGGCCUGAGCAGAACCUCCAGCCAGGCCUGCCAGAGCCUCAAUGGCAGCCUCAACUGCGGGAGGAAAAACUGGUGUGACUGCAUGUCUGACUAAAGGGAGCUGCUGUCACCUGCCUCCGGGCCUUCUUUCACGAGGGCCAGGCGAGGUGAGGGCCCCGGGGCUGGAGGCUCACCAACUACGGGGCAGCUUGGGGGUGGUUGGGAAAUCUCACUGGGGCAAAGGUGCGCUUUCCAAGUGACCACCCAUCUGCUCUCACGUUCAGCUUAUGGUCACUCACUCACAUGCUCUCAGCCCUGGGAAAUUGCCACUCUUGAAUCACCAACGGAGACCCAGUUAAUUUAAAAUAACAGCAAACUUUACUGAUUGCAAUGUAUAUCUCUGUGUACACACGCACCCACGGGCGGGCAGGACCCGUUUUAUCUCCCAAGGUCCUUGCUUUGUUGGUGGGGCUCAGGGAGGGGCUUCCCGUGUGCUCAGGCCCAACUUCCUUUGUCUGAUUUAGGGGACGUUUUUUCUUUUGGUUCUUUAACAACUUGGCUCCUCCUUACCUGCUUUCCCUGCGUGAGCUUUUCCUGGCUUUUGUUCACCUUGCUUAUGUGCUUGCUUUACCUUGCUUUAGGUAUGGUGGCUUAGACCUAGUCUCCAGUUAACCAAGGAGAUGCCACAAAA